UUUCGAUUAUGUCGAGAUACUCGCAGCACAACGAUGCGAACUCAACAUGUGCGUCGACAAACAUUAAUUUACUAAAUUAUUAAAUAAAACAUAUAUCGACAUAUGUCAAUGCAUGAGUGAUUUCUAUUCGAUAACAAAACCAAUAACCACCAUAAUCAAAACUAUUCCUCAUUGCGUGCGAGAGAAAAUUUUGUUUCUAGUCGGCGCGCAUAUGAUAGAGACUACUGAGUGCCAAACGAAAAUAAAACCCAGUGUGUAAUUUUUAGUGAUGAUGUUUGAGUGUGGGUGUGGAUGUAUGAACCAGUGUGUCGGUCGUUACGUAGCGAGCGCGUCGUCGUGCGGCGCAAGUCGCGUUUGUGUGUUUGAUAAAUUAUUUGAUUGCCGCGCGGCGUCGCGUGGUCGCGAUCAGUGUUGCGGUGGUCUGCGAGCGAGCUGGAGGACGGUCUCAAUGGUCUGCGAUGUGCAGACCAACAUCAACCUUCAAAGUAUCAACUUAACACUUAACAACAAUCGAAAAAUCUAAACAAUCCAAGCAAGAAGAGAUUAAUAACUUUUAUUUUCGUUUUAUUCGUAUUCACUGAUCGCGACGCUUUUGAAAGUGCAUAACUUACGCAAAUUCAAGUGAGUGUGUGAUAUAACAACUUGUGAUACAAACUACAAGCGCGAAGAGAAACAAGAACCGUGAAUAAAAAGAUCGUCAUUAUUUAUUCGUAAAAAAAGUUUUAUUUUAAAGUGCAGUGCAAAAAAUGAAGGAAUUUUUGUAAAUACAAACGGAUAUUAUGAAUAACUCUAAAGUCGCGACGAUGAUGUACGAUCGGGAAGACGAUUGCUGUGAAGAAGCCGAGGACUUCAUGUGCGAUCAAGUGAUAUUUUCGAGCGACGUCGACUUCCAGGCGAAACAAUCGAACGUCGCCAUUUCGACAACGUCUAUUUUUAUCGUUUCUAGUAAACUGCGAGUGGCGAUUGAAGUCCUUGCGAAUGCGCUGUUACCUGCCGUCUCCACCAUUUACUAUGCAUACAUGCGAAAUCAGAAAUCCAUGGUGGAAAACGUGCGGAAAAUUCUAAUUCCCACCGUUCUUGCCGUGUUAGUCAAUUAUUUAUCGCAAUCACUCUCGAGUGUACAGCGUAGAAUCACCACGCCACGAAUGGUCGCCAUUGACAACGAUGCUAACCCGAAUAGUCAAUCAAAUGAAGAUGAAUUUCCUGAGAAAUCGGUUGAAUGUAAUGUUUUGACAACUCCAGCGGAUAUUAAAACAGAUAUUAUAUUUCUUCAUGGUUUACAUGGUGCAUUGGAGAAGACUUGGAAGCAAGGGUUGUGGCGUCAUGAAAGGCAUAAGAUUAAUCGACAAGAAUUGACAAAAUCACCAUCGUUGGGCGAUAUAAGAAUCCGAGGGAAUCUGAAACGCACGAAUAAGAAUCAACCGGCGUAUUUGGUGAAGAAAAUCUGUAAGAACUCGUUCAGUCAGUCGAUCGAUAACAGUAUCCGAGAGGUGGAUGAUGACGAGAGUCAAGAUCUAGGUCAUCCGAGGCUGGGGCAAGGCCAGGCAGCGGAUUAUUCACCUUGCUGGCCCUUAUGGUUGGAGAAGGACUGUCCGGGUGCGAGAGUUAUUGCGUUGAAUUACACGACCGAUCCGUACUUGUGGAGGCCCAUUUGGGUGAAGAAACGCAAUCGAACUGGAAUGGUUGAACGCAGUAAAGAAAUGCUUGAAAAAUUACAUGAAAUUGGCGUUGGAGCUCAUCCGAUUGUAUGGGUUGGACACUCAAAAGGCGGAUUGUUUAUAAAACAAAUGUUGAUUGAUUGUUCCAAGAGUUUGGAGGAUUGCGAUCGCAGCAUCUAUGAGCAGUCGAAGGCGAUUCUGUUUUAUAGCGUGCCGCAUCGCGGAUCGAUCAUGGCCGACAUUUCGCUGCCGCUGUUGAGCAAGAGCAUCGAGCUCACAGAAGUUCAAAAGAAUUGUAAGUUCGUGCUCGAACUUCAUGAUAAAUUCUUGAAGCUUUUUGAUGAUGAGAAUUUCAAGCCGGAGGUGUUCAGCUUCAUCGAAUCGUCUUUCACACUCAUGUCGUUUAUAUAUUUGAAGAUUGUAUCGCUUGAAUCAGCUGAUCCAGGAGUAGGUGAAAUAUGUGAAGUGCCAUUGGACCAUCGAGAGAUUUGUAAACCUGCUGGCCGGGAUUGCUUUCUCUACAAAGAGUUGCUCCACUUGAUCCACAAGGCAUUGAAGACGGACGAAUCCAUUGAAGUUGCACAACACUUGUGAUAUUAAUUAAGUGAUUGAUUAGUCAUUAGUUUUGAUAAGCUAGAUAGGCUAGGUAGGCAAUUAAUAACGAAUUCUGAGAGCGACAAAUGUUUCGAAGUUGAAUGUUAUGUAAAUUUGACAUUGCAAACCGCAAUUACCUGAUAUUACCCGAUGAUUUGUGCAAGCAAGGAACACAAUCCAAAGAUUUAUGCUAUAAUUUGUACCUUUUUCAUGUAGCGUAGUCGACUGAGGCGUAGUUUGCUCGACAGUGAUAGUAAGCAGUUCAUUAUCGAUAAAAUUAUUUGUUGUGGAAAGAAAUGUAAAUAUUUUAAUAUAUUGGAUAUAUUUGAGAAGUAA